CAGGUUGUGGAGUUUCAAAACAGAGCGAUUGCUCAGCACUGCCAAGCGCAAGCCGCAACACUGACGCCAAAAGAGAGAGAAGCCCCCCCCCACAACGGCAGGAAAAGACCCAUUUCCCAGAAGCGGCAGAAAGGUCAACUGUCACCGAGGAGGAUGAAGGCUCCUUUCCCCUUCCUUCAUCUGGCAUGAAAAAACCCCCAAAUCUGAAUGUCAACAGCUCGCUGUAUUUCCUUAACUCCCCGGACAGCUUUGCUGUGGGAAGAGAAGACUGAGCUACUGGGCAGAAGUUCUUGGCCUUGACCCGGUGGGUCACUUUGGUUACAAAGUCUGCAGGACAGAAAAGCAUUUUGACAGUUGCAGCAGUUGAACAUCUGGAUCCCACCUACCCCACCCCCGGCAGCAUGGUUGGGCAGCUUAUCUUCUUCUUGUUAGCCGUGUCCGGUUCGCCAGCAAGGGUGCUGGAGAUCCAGCAAAGCAUUACUGCUGUGCUCGGCAAAGAUGUAGUGCUCCCUUGCUCCUAUCAGGCUGCAGAUGACGAUGCGGUGUUCCAGGUGACGUGGCUGAAGAAAGGAGACGACGGGCAGAGUGUGGAGCUAGGUGUUCUGCACAAGGAGCACGGGGAGCACAUCCAGGAUGCCUAUGCGGGCCGAGUGUCUUGGCAGUCACAAGGGUCCCUGAAGAAUGGCUCCAUCGUUCUGAGGAAUGCGGUGCAGGCCGACGAGGGGAACUAUGAAUGCCACCUCAUCACCUUCCCGCGGGGCAACUUUGAGUCCCAUGUCACCCUCAAGGUCCUAGUGCCUCCGCUGCCAACUCUAAACCCCGGUCCUCCUUUGGAGGAAGGGCAGGGUCGUACUCUGGCCGCCUCGUGCACCGCAGAAGGGAACCCCGUGCCCAACGUGACCUGGGAGACAGAAGUGGCCGGCAAGAACGAGACUCGCCGCUCCUCACAUCCCCGCUCUGCGUCUGUCACCAUUGAGUACUAUGUGGUCCCUGGGCGGAAGAUGCACGGCCAGCUGCUGACCUGUGUUGUCUCCCACCCAGGGCUGCAGCAUCAGAAAAGGAUCACGCACAGACUCAACGUAUCAUAUCUGUCGGAUGCUUCGGUCCUGGGUCAUAAGACAGAGGAGGAGUGGGUCGCAGGAAUGGAGGGGGCCUCCUUGAAAUGUGUUGGGGAUGGGAACCCUCCACCUACGUACAACUGGACAAGGCAAAAUGAUGCUCUCCCUAAUGGGGUGAGGAUAAAGGGAGACACCCUGAUGUUCCAGAGACCCCUCACCGUAGAAGAUGAAGGGAUCUACGUCUGCCGAGUAGCCAACAGCUUUGCCACCAAGGAGGCCGAAGCGACCAUCAGCAUAAAAGAGAACAAGGCCAAGCAAGUGAAUGUCAUCUCGGUUUCCAUGAUAGGAGCGGGCGUCAUAGCCUUUCUGCUCCUUGCCUUGCUCGUCCUGGUUGUCCUCCUCAUGACAUGCUACCACCGAAGGAAAACCAAACGGAUCACCGAGAAAUAUGAAGAGGAACUGACUUUAACACGGGAGAACUCUAUCCGGCGCCUCCAUUCAAGCCACAGCACUGACACGCGAAACCAGAUGGAAGAAAACCUUCCCCUGAGGUCCGAGAGCCGGCAGGGCAGCUUCCGUGGGGAUAGCUUGUGUCGAGAGAGCCUGAGAGGGGACAGCCUGUGCCGGGACAGCUUAUGCCGUGACAGCCGGCAAGGCAGCUUCCGUGCAGAAAGCCUGCGAGAAACCAGCCUCUGCUCAGUCAUGGGUGAGGAAGAGGGAGGACGCAGCUACUCAACAUUGUCAACAGUGCGGGAAAUCGAGACUCAGACAGAACUGCCACCACCACCACCCACCCCUGUCCAGGAGAACAGGAUGGAGAAGGAGAAGGAGAAAGAGAAAGAGGAGGAGGAGGAGCGAGACGAUGAAAAUAACAUCAAACAGGCCAUGACUCACUUUGUCCAAGAGAACGGCACCCUCCGAGCCAAACCCACCACCAAUGGCAUUUACAUCAAUGGCCGGGGACACUUGGUGUGACAUUCGCCCUUGCUGAAGAAUUCUGGGACCUGGCAAUGCACUGAACCUUCCUUCUCAUUGCCUGCUGGUGUCUCCCCCUGGUAAGGGAGCAAGCAGUCUUUAAGACUGAGGAAACUCUUCUUCUGAGCCACUCGCCAGCUUGCCUGUAACACCAAGACUCUGCAGUUUCUUUGAAGGCCUAAACACCCUUCCUUCUCCCCUCACCCCUGGGAUCCCUCUCCAAAUUGGUUGUCCAGUUCAGCAAAUUCUCUCCCAUCCUGCUGAGUGCGCCAGAGGACAGAG